AUGAUGCCCAAAUCCACUCGAUCUCCCGGAUCCGUUCUACGGGAACGUACUCGCUUGAUACUCGACUGGGACAAGCCGUCCACUCGCCAUCAUCCCUACCGUAUGCGUCGCCUCAGUUGCGGAUCCACUUGCUCUUCGGACAGUUCCCAGCCGAGUCCCAGUUCUGUGAGCUCCCUACCCGAUUCUCCACAUCCGGCUAUGCGAACUGCUCGAGAUAUUCAGGUCUUUGAGAGACUUCGCCGAUUCGUGCCCACAAUUAGCUCCGAGCGAAAUGCAUUCAGGAUUCUGGUAGACUAUGUGUCACAAGUAAUGGAACUGGAACAACGUCUUGAAGAAGCCGAGGAAAAAAUGGAUGUAAAACCACCACUUUUGAAUCCGGCCAUGGCAACUUGGACCACCUGUGGUUACAUGAGUAAUCGCCAGAUGUCGAGCGCACAUAACCCAGAGAUGUUUCCCGAUGAUCUCGCCGGUGUUGAUGUGAGCGCCUUCAAGCAUUUGAUCUGCUCGCAACCUCUUCGUAUCGAUGCCAGCUUAUUUCAAUAA